ACCAUUAACGACUUCACAAGGCUUGUUAAACCUCAAAGUCUUGUUAGUUUACUAGUCCCUGAAAAGAUGUGGUACUUUCAAAGGGUGGACUUAUCCAACAAGUAAAUAUUUUCUGUUUCACACCAGUCAGAUUUUUAAAAGUGCCUCUUUUGAGCAAAUCCACAGGCUUGAUUCUACAUAGCCUAUAGCCAAACUACCAAGAGGUCUACAGCGGUAUGGAAUUUCUUGAUGAAGAGAAAGUAGAGGAUCAACUUGAGAGCAGCGUUCAGGAGUCUAUGGAAAACGUGCAGGCAGAUAGUGAAGAGCAUGCCACUGUGGGAAAGAAAAAUAUAGUGGAGGAGUUAGCUGGCGCAUCUCUUGCUCCAACUCAUUCUCUUUGGACCACUGAUGCUAGAGGCUCAGUCAGACUGAGAAUAGAAGAUGGAUGUCCAGAGGAACCUAUCACAGUUCACCAAAUGUUCAAAGCCUCAGUUGAAAAAUACGGAAACAUGUAUGCACUUGCAAGCAAGAAAAAUGACAGAUGGGAAAAGAUAACUUUCUUAGAGUAUUAUCAAUUCUGUCGGAGAGCAGCCAAGAGCUUUAUAAAGCUUGGUUUAGAGCGAUUCCAUGGAGUGGCAAUACUAGGAUUCAAUUCAACAGAAUGGUUCUUCUCUGCAGUUGGUGCCAUCCUGGCAGGAGGGAUAAUGACAGGGAUUUAUGCUACAAACUCACCAGAAGCAUGUCAGUAUGUGGCUAGUGACUCCAAAGCCAACAUUAUCGUGGUUGAAAACCAAAAGCAACUGGAUAAAAUCCUGCAGGUAUGUGACAGAAUGCCACAUUUGAAAGCCAUAGUGCAGUACAGCGGGCAGCUCCAGCAGAAGCUCUCCAAUCUUUACUCUUGGGAGGAUUUCAUGGACCUGGGUCUGGAUGUUUCUGAGAAGCAACUGGAUGACAUCAUCAGCAGCCAGAGAGCCAACCAAUGCUGCGUCCUGAUCUACACUUCCGGCACCACAGGCAAGCCGAAAGGAGUCAUGCUCAGUCACGACAAUAUCACAUGGACUGCCAAUCAUGCCAGCAGGGCCGGGGACAUGCAGCCGGCCGACACUAAACAGGAGUCACUAGUGAGCUACCUGCCUCUCAGCCACAUUGCGGCUCAGAUCUAUGAUCUCUGGACAGGCAUCCAGUGGGGUGAGCUGGUAUACUUUGCACAGCCAGAUGCCUUAAAGGGAAGCCUGAUAACAACACUGCGAGAAGUUAAUCCUACAUCCCACAUGGGUGUCCCUCGAGUGUGGGAAAAAAUGAUGGAGAAGAUUAAACAGGGAAUUAGUCAGUGUGGAUAUGUGAAGAAGAAACUGGUGACAUGGGCAAUGUCAGUCAGCCUGGAGGCCAAUCAAAAGGAAGAUGAGAAACCAUUCCUGCUGUCCCUGACUGACAGUCUCGUGCUGCAGAAGCUUCGGACUGAGCUGGGCCUGUCUUGCUGUCAGAAGUUCUUCUCUGGAGCAGCACCAAUUAGUAGUGAAACUGUGCAGUUUUUCCUGGGGCUGAACAUCCGCUUGUUUGAGGCCUACGGUAUGAGUGAGAGCACAGGACCUCACUUCAUGUCAGGUCCCAAAGUUUACAAAUUACCAAGUUGUGGUAAGGUGGUGCCUGGCUGUCGAUACAAAGUGGCCAACAUAGACUCUGAUGGGACGGGUGAAAUUUGCUUUUGGGGACGCAACAUUUUCAUGGGUUUCCUCAAUAUGGAAGACAAAACAAGAGAAGCUUUGGAUGAAGAUGGAUGGCUGCAUUCGGGAGACCUGGGGAAGAUAGAUGAAGAGGGUUUCUUGUACAUCACAGGGAGAAUUAAAGAGUUGAUUAUCACAGCUGGAGGAGAGAACAUUCCCCCUGUUCCCAUAGAGGAGGCAGUGAAGAAGGAGCUACCGAUCAUCAGCAACGCCAUGCUGAUAGGGGACAAGAGGAAGUUCUUGUCCAUGCUUUUAACCCUGAAGUGUUGUACCAAUGCAGAAACAAUGGAACCAACAGAGGAGCUGAGUCUGGAGGCUGUGGAGUUUUGCCAGCUGCAACGAAGCCAAGCAACCAAGGUGUCUGACAUCAGUGGAGGAAAAGACAAAGAAGUGUACCGGGCCAUUCAAGAGGGAAUUGAGAGAGUCAACUCUGCUGCCACGUCUAAUGCCCAACGCAUACAAAAGUGGACUAUUCUGAUGAAGGACUUCUCUGUUUCUGGAGGAGAGCUGGGCCCCACAAUGAAACUUCGUCGCCCCGUUGUGUUGGAGAUGUACCACAAGGUCAUAGAGGGCCUCUAUCAGGAAUAGUGUCAGGUUGCUAGAGAGAUUACUGUAUAACUGUUAGUAUGAAAAUUACGUCACUUGCAUAUCUCAUUCUUGUGGAC